CGCUUCUUAUCCUUGAAGUUUGCGGUUUUGCUCACAUGUGAAACAUUACAUAAACGCAUACAAGGACGAUCCAUUCCCGUCAGAGGUUGGGUUGUUUUAGUCGACAGGAUAGUGCGAUAGGUGGUUUGUGCUAGCAGUGUUACGGAAACGCCGAAGAUGGAUUGGCCAAGCGCUCGAGUGGCCCAGGGUGGAAUGUGGCACACUGGAAAGGCCAAAUACACCAAGGAAACGCAGGAUCUGAUUAAAGUCCUCAUGGAGGAAGCCAAGCUGACCAUCCUGCAGCGCAACAAAAUCAACUACCAUCUGCGCACCGGCGAACCGCUCCCACCUCCCAAGGAACCCAAGUUCGAGCAAGAGUACAGCAACUUCCUGCCGGCGGCUGUUCCGCGCAAAAACAUCAAGAAACGCUCGCUGUCGACCAUCAUCGAGAGUGGCGCGUUCGACGUGGAAAAGUACCCGGGACCGGGCAAGGAGGGCAAACCGCCGCUCGAGCGACUCAAACUGCAGCUGCAGGAACAGAUGGCCGGCUGCAAGCUGCUGCCGGACGACGGACGGCGUCGCAAACGGUUCGCGAGGCGAGCGAGCGAUGGCGAGUUGGACGGGUUGACGCCCGAUCGGGAAGCGGAACUUUUGGAGGAAAUCAACGAACGCGUCGAGUGGUUGGCCGAAAUGGAAGCGCUGGGUGAGGGAAAGAAGCAUCGCCAGGUAAUCCACGCCCAGAUCGCGGAUCGUCUCAACGAAAUCAAACGGCUCGAGAGGGCGAAUUCUAAGCAGAGUGAUACUCCGUCAGAGAUUUAAGUUUGGAAACGUUCG